AAAAAAUAGUACAACAAUCUUUCGGCGAUGCGAGCGGUACGGUAUCGCGACGCCGUUCGAUCGCGAAAAGUCGAGACGAGGAAGUGAACGAGGCGAAUUUUCAAUUUUCGCGUUCGGUGUUUGAGAAAAAAUUUUUUCUUCCUCACGCCCGCCACUUGUGAAAAUCGUCAUCGAAUCGGGGGGGUAAUUGGAUUAUUUUUCGCGGUAUCUAUCGCGACGCUGAUUUGUUAAACUCGUUCUCCAUCGACAUGUGGGUGAGCGACUCUUCGCGAAUUACCAGAACAAACUCGUCGUUUAGAGACCAACGAUAAGUGGUUGUACAGUCAACACUCGAAGGACCUUAUAAAACGUUCGAAGAUAUUCACGACGAUCAGUUGGAUAAUAAAUACGUAACCGCGAAGCACACCGAACGUGUGCAGCCUCUUCGGAAAGAUUGUAAAAAUUUCGUUUCUAGUUAUUUGACAUUUUGAUAACAGAAAAUAAAGAAAUCGAUAUCAGGUGAACUUGUCGUAUACGUUUGUAUUCGAUUACAUCGUUGUAAUUUGAGAAGUCGAAUGAUUCACGUAGAGUGAAGUGAAUUUUCGAAAAUGGUUUACAAUAUGAACGAAAGAAUUCCGAACGGUCAUUUGAGCGGACAUUCUUAUUCUCCGGACAGUGGAGACGAACAAAAUUUACUUCCGGGAUGGAGACAACAGCCUAUUAUUGUCCAAGUUCCGAAAAGUCCGAAUCCAUCUUCCAGGAGCAGGAGCCGGUACAGAGCAGGCCCAGCGCGUAAAAUCCGUAGACGUGCCGUGUUGAAGAACGGAGAAUGCAACGUACUCCAGUCGAGGAUAUCCCGAAGAUCGCUUCGCUUCCUGCAGGACAUAUUCACCACCCUGGUCGAUACUCAAUGGCGUUGGACGCUGCUGUGCUUCACCUUGAGUUUCCUACUAUCCUGGUUGGGAUUCGCGGUUAUAUGGUGGCUCAUCGCCUUCACCCACGGUGACUUCGACGCGAAACACCUCCCGGGUGCCCAGGCUAUCAACAACUGGACACCGUGCAUAUACAACAUAUACUCAUUCACCAGCUGUUUCCUAUUUUCCAUCGAGACGCAACACACGAUCGGAUACGGCAGCCGAACGACCAGCGAAGAAUGCCCGGAAGCGAUAUUCGUAAUGUGCAUCCAGAGCAUCGCCGGUGUCAUGAUACAGGCUUUCAUGGUCGGUAUCGUAUUCGCGAAGAUGACGAGACCGAAGCAGAGGACCCAGACCCUGCUGUUCUCGAGGAACGCGGUAAUCUGUCAACGGGACGGUGAACUUUGCCUGAUGUUCCGUGUGGGAGACAUGAGGAAAUCUCACAUAAUAGGGGCGACGGUGAGGGCCCAGGUGAUCCGUUCGAGGACGACGAAGGAGGGAGAAUUUUUGUCGCAACAUCAACAGGAGUUGAACGUAAACGCGGACGGUAACGACGGCGACCUAUUCUUCAUCUGGCCUACCACCAUAGUCCACAAGAUCAACGCCGAAUCACCACUGUACAACAUGUCCGCCGAGAACAUGCUCACCGAACGAUUCGAAGUCGUCGUUAUACUGGAGGGGACGAUAGAGUCCACCGGACAAACGACGCAGGCCAGGUCCUCCUACCUUCCUCAAGAAAUAUUGUGGGGGCAUAGGUUCGAACCUAUGGUCAGUUACUCCAAGGAACGUCAAGGGUACGAAGUCGAUUACUCGCUUUUCAACAGCACCGUUCAAGUCGACACUCCACUUUGCUCGGGGAGGGAACUCGCCGAGUUCUACAGAGUUCAGGACGACCUUCGCCACGGUGGAGAGGAAUUUUCAGGUUACCUGGUCGACGAGGACGGUCUCCUGAUCGACGCCUACCAAGACAAUCACCUGCAAAUCGGUCAGCACAAUCAAAAUGGUAUGAGAACGACCGGGCAACGUUUGGUACACGCGGAGAGUACGAGAAGCGAUAACAGCUUGGAAGACAGCGCGAUCGGUCGGAGUCUGUACAGAGAUAAUUCCAUCGCUUCUCAAUUACCCCAACCGAACAGGGAGAACAAUCUGCAACAGUACAAGGUAUUGGAUCGUUUGGGGGUCGACCUGGACGCGAUCGAAGUCAUCGACGAGGAUAACUUGAACCAACUUCCUUACGCUACGAACCGGGAGAUCCUCAAAAACAGCCGGGAAAUACUCUACGAGGAGGAUUCGAACCAGGGUGGACUCGCGAGGGACGAAAGUUUCGUGUCCGCGAAGGCCUUCGGCAGCAAGAAAAACAUGGAAAUUCUGGAAGCUAGCAGACCAGCCAACAACGGAAGGAGACACUUUGUCAGGUACCCCAUGUCCGACGAAGAUAAAAGAUCGUUGAACGGCUCACGGAGAAAUCUGAGCAGCAGGAACUUGGUCCAGGAGGAGGACAAACGCUCGCUGAACGGAUCGAGGAGAAACUUGAGCGGCAAACGGUAUCUGACCACCCCGUUGGAGAAGGCCGAAAGUCUCCACGGCAGCGUUAGAAAUUUGAACGUCGGUAGUAAGGAGAAUCUGAUCGGUUCCAGAAGACACACGGGUAGCAAGGAGCUCCUGAAUUCGAUAAAGAGGAGCGCCCCGGUCGCGCAACAUCCGAAAAGUGGCACGGACGAGGAGAGCAAACGAACGCGACCAAAGGCGAGCGAAAAAGCGCCGGAGAAGCCGAAGGAGGAGAUCGAGAUCCGGAUCGAAAGUGUAGCCCGGAAAAACACGCCGCCGAAUCUGCAGCAGGUUGCCUUGGCGAGCUAUUUGUCGCCCUCGGAGCUGUCGCCGGAAUCUGGAAUCAUCGAUGGCUCGACGCUUUCGAGUCCGGAAGCCGCCAGACGAGAUCUGAAACUCCCGACGAGCUCGGUAAUAGCGAGAAAUCGGCGGAGCUACGAACACGCGCAACUACAAGACGUCAACGAAGCACUGACCAGAACGGCGAGCGGAAGCAGUUCUUCAGACAGCGAAUCGGCCGGUGCCCCACUUGUUAUCUUGCCCGGAAAAACCGGCGUCACUUUGCAAAAGCAGAAAAUUUCUUACACCAGCGUCUGACCAAGCCUGGCGGAACUUUACGAAUCGAUGAACGAUGGACGUGAUCAAAUUUUAUUUAUAGCUUCAGGAAAAUCCCAUUGAAAGACUGGUCGUCGAGCGAUGCGAAACAAAGUUCAGGGUAGCAGGGUGUGCCUGGGAAUCAGGGAAAUUUAGGGAAGGAAAAUGAAUCGAUGGAAACCGCCGGCCGGUUUCGAACAUUCUUCAUUUCUUCUUUUAUUUGUAGGUUUGAUGUACAAUAUACGGACCAACCGCGCGUGCCCUCUUUCUUUGUCGUGUACAUUUACCAUUAAUUGUACGCGAGUGAGGCGUAUGCAGAGGUGCGAUGGAGAUGAUCGGAAUCGUGGAAAGAUAAAGUUUUCCACGGUUUAAAAAAGAGAGAAAAGGCGAACAAGAAUAGAACGGUGAAAGGUAAUCCGAUCAUUUAUUUAUAAAACAUUGCGUACACCAGUAUAUGGUUGAGGAGUGAUAUAAACCGGUGAACGAAUGUUGUAAAUACAUAAAUAAAUUUAUAAGAAGGUAUAAUUGCGUACAUAAUUUUAUGUAUAUCGAGGUGAAAAUAUAUGUAAUUCUAAUUAUCGUAUAAUAACGAGAAAAAGUUGUCUUGUGCGUGACAAGGGUCCUGUAAUAUUGAAAAAAUAAUAUUCUUAUAGCCCGAAAUAAGUAGUCAAUAUUUAUUGUUAUUAAAUAUCACGUAGCUGAUGAGUAUUAUCGUGAUUUUAUUACAUCGUAUACAGAAAUCUACAUACAUGUUAUAUAUGUAUGUACGUCUUCCCUCCUCCAACAGAAGCAGCUUAUAAUGAUUUUAACAACUUCGAACGUGUUGUAUAAAAAAAAGGCACAAAAUAAAAAUAGUAAAAAUCA